CCUUUAAGUCACAACCUACUGCUCUGACACAUUUGUCUGAUUUAAAAAAGGUAGAUCGGUCUAAUUUGAAUUGGAAAACUGAUUAGCCCUUGGUUAAACUGCUGGCUGGCCAAACCAUUGCUGAAUUCGCCAUACUAGCAUACUACUCUUGCUAUUUUUGCUAUAGAAAGAAAUGGGAAAAAUAGUAAGAGUAGUAUGCUAGUAGUAUGCAACUGCCUGUGUGGCCAAGUCCGCGGUUUUCCCGCGGAAUUGGGCUACUUUAACACUAUUGCCACGGUUUGUUUUUCAUGUCCGCGGGUUGAAGCAACCCCAAAUAACAUUCGGGAAUGCGAAUUUUACCAAGAGAACCCCCCUCAAAAGCGAUCGAGCUAGUUUUGAGUAGAAAUUAGGCGGGUUUUGUUGUGAAAACCUGGCAACCCUGCGAGACACUCCCACUGACUGGCUGUCACGAUCAAUCGUUUCUAAAUCUACUGCGCAUGUGUGGUUUUGCCAGCGGUGCGACGCAACGGUCCCACUCCCUAAAUUGCGGAUCAAAACAGUCGCUGUACGUUAGGGUCUGGGGACUCGGUUGUUUUUACAUUUUUAACAGCCAGCCUCACAAAUCGAGGAGGUUGAAACACAAGGAAAAAGAAACCAGACUAAACCGAAACUAUUUACUCAGUCAACUACUAGCGACUCAAGUUCCCAUGGCACAUUCAGCAAGUCCAGUGGCCACUCCGUGUGUGUCCAAAGUGGAGCUGACGGUCUCCUGUGAAAACCUGCUGGACAUGGAUGUGGGGUCCAAAUCAGACCCGCUGUGUGUCCUGCUUAUGAAUACGUCUGGAAACCAGUGGUUUGAAGUCGAUCGAACUGAGAGGAUUAAGAACUGCCUGAACCCAAAAUUUGCCAAGAAGUUUGUUGUCGAUUACUACUUUGAGCUCGUUCAGAAGCUCAGAUUUGGCGUCUAUGAUAUUGACAAUAAAACCAUCGAUUUAAGUGAUGACGACUUCCUGGGCGAGUUGGAGUGCUCGCUAGGUCAGAUUGUUUCCAGUUGCAAGCUGACAAGACCUUUGGUACUGAAGAACAAAAGACCUGCUGGAAAGGGAGUAAUUACGAUCAGUGCAGAGGAAAUCAAGGACAACAGAGUUGUGAAUUUUGAGGUGGAGGCCAGAAAAUUGGACAAAAAGGAUUUCUUUGGAAAAUCAGACCCCUACCUGGAAUUUUACAGGCAGACGGAAAGAGGCUGGCAGCUUGCUCACAGAACUGAGGUGGUGAAGAAUAACUUGAAUCCUUGCUGGAGGCCUUUUAAAAUCCCUCUGCGGUCUCUCUGUGCAGGGGACAUGGACAAACCAAUUAAGGUUGAAUGUUACGAUUAUGACAACGAUGGAUCUCAUGAUUUGAUUGGGAUUUUUGAGACCACUAUGAAGCGUCUUCAAGAGGCCACCCGCAGCGCUCCAGCCGAGUUUGACUGUGUAAACAGUAAGAAGAAACAGAAGAAAAAAAAUUAUAAGAACUCUGGAGUAGUGAGUGUGAAAGUUUGUCAGAUUACCAGGGAAUACACCUUUCUAGACUAUAUCAUGGGAGGCUGCCAGAUAAAUUUCACUGUGGGCGUGGACUUCACAGGGUCAAAUGGUGACCCCAGGUUACCUGAAUCUUUACAUUACAUCAGUCCUCAAGGUGUGAAUGAAUAUCUCUCAGCCAUCUGGUCAGUUGGUCUUGUGGUCCAGGACUAUGACAGUGACAAAAUGUUUCCUGCUUUUGGAUUUGGUGCCCAGAUUCCUCCUACAUGGCAGGUGUCGCACGAGUUUCCUCUCAACUUCAAUCCUGCAAAUCCAUUCUGUGCAGGUGUGGAGGGAGUGGUGGAGGCCUACCGUAUCUGCCUACCUCAGGUCAAACUUUACGGCCCUACGAACUUCGCUCCUAUUAUUAACCACGUGGCUCGUUUCGCACAGCAGGCUUUACAGCAGAAGACAGCGUCGCAAUACUACGUCCUGCUAAUCAUCACGGAUGGAGUGAUCACGGACAUGGAUCAGACGCGUGGGGCCAUAGUCGCCGCCUCACGCUUGCCCAUGUCGAUCAUCAUCGUGGGUGUAGGCAAAGCCGACUUCACUGACAUGGAGAUUCUGGACGGAGAUGAUGGACGUCUGACGACUAUCAUGGGAGAACCGGCUGUACGUGACAUCGUGCAGUUUGUGCCAUUCAGAAAGUUCCACAACGCCCCAAGGGAAAUGCUUGCCCAAUGUGUACUGGCAGAAUUACCACAACAAGUCACAUCCUACUUCAGCUAUAUUAACCUGCCGCCGCCACGCGAGCCAAAAAAUCCAUAGACAUUCUCCUAAAGAGGAGCUCGCUAAGUGUGUUCUGGCGGAGGUUCCUGGUCAGGUCGUCACCUUCUUUAACAUGAUGAAGCUUACACCUCCGAAGUCAAACACUCCAGUGGACGCUUCAAAUGGGCCGACACAGAACUGAAGGACCUGUUUUCUUACUGCAUACAACUCAACAACUGAACAUCACCAACCUGCUAACCUAACUCUAGGCUUUCUUAAAGAGGCUUUUUGUUUUAAAUUAGUUAACUUGUAAAUAAAUAUUUUUUUAUUUUUAUGUUUUCAUGUGCCAAAUGAUCUUGAAAUGGUCUAUUAUGGAUCUUGUUUGUAAAUCUAAGUAUCUUACUGUAAAUGAAGACAUUUACAGUAAGAUUCUCACUUACUCCUUACAAAAUUGUUUACAGUCUUUAUAUUUUCAUGUCAUUAUCAUAACGCUUUUCUGUACAUCAUGUGUUUUUUUAAUCUGUAUAUGAAUUUUUAAUCAGUGCUUUGCAAAGCCAUUUUGUCAUAUCUUAUGCAUAAUGUUAAAUUGAUCAUGUUAAUGUGCCUGAAUGAUUAAGUUACAGUUCCUAUACAAAACAAAAUGUGCCUUUAUGUUUGAUUUCAUUUUAUUAAGAUCAUGUAGCAACUUGCGUGUCAAGUUUGACCAGAAUGCACUUAAAACUAUACACACUGAGAAAUGGUGCUCAGAUCUCAAUCUGCAUGUAUAGAUGAAAGUCAUAGAUGGGUCUCAGUGGUUCAGUCAUGUGCCUGAAUUCACAAUGCAUGAAUACAAUAAUAAUAAUAAUAAUAAUAAUAACAACAACAAUAUGAAAACAUAAUCAGCUUUUCCGAUCAGUAUAAGAUGCAUUUUCGUUUUACAUUUAAUCACAAUGUCUGUACCAGCCCAUUGUGUGCAAUUAGUGCAGGGAGAAAUGCAUUACAUAAUAUUAAUUGUAUUUUAAUUAAAGCUAUUGUCACAUGUUCA